CAAAAUUGAUCAAACAAGUCUUAUGGUUUCGUUCAUGCCCCAACGACUUUUCCCCGACAUUAAUGUAUAUGCCAACGAUAAGAACGAUAGAAGAUGAGUGUACAGCUGUGAAGCGAUCAAAACAAAACGAAAAACCACCGUGCAGUGAAAAAGCGAUGGCUUAAUUUGGAGAAAAAUAGUUUUCGUCGCGAUUCUUUCGACUGAUCUCUAAUUUGUUUGCAAACGAAUAACAAUAAGUGAUCUACUUUUGAUUUAAAGUUUGUAAUUGUGAUUACACAAUGAUGACAAUAUUAACACAGUAAACUUUGGAGUGCAGCAAAUGCAUCGGUGAUGAUGUCCAGCGCAACCGGAACAGGCUACUUUCACUGACGUGUCGAAUCGACUGGAUCAACCAAUCAAGCAGCUCGCUCGGUGCAGAUAGUUGUUUGUAGUUCACCCUCAUCAUGCUGGUCGAUCAAACAAUGUAUCGAAAUAUUCAGAACUUGAAGUCAUUUUUCAAUGGUGACAGCAGUCCUAGGAAAACGAUCAAUUGUAUCUUUUGGCUGUGCUGUUUGUUGGCUUUGCUGUUCUUCUACUUUAAGCGAAGCUUGGAGCUGGUCCUCCGGCGGGGUCGCAUUAGGGUGCAAAAACAUUCCCAAACCAUCCAGCACGCGUGGAACGUUUGCUUCUACACGGCAGCCACAGUAUUUCUUGGACUGUAUCACAAGUUGCUGAUUCGGCCGGAGAUCGCCAGCCAGAGCAGCAAGUACUUUCCGCAGUACAACAACGCCAUCUUCCUGACCGCUUGCGAUGUGGCCAAGUUUGAGAUCGUUACGAUGGUGCUGGCGGCGUUUGACAUCAUUGGAACUCUGGUGCGCAUACGGAACCAUGACUUUUCGGAGGCCAUUUCGAAGGUGUUCUUUUUCGCGCUUGUACUCUGCUGCUACGUGCUACGUUUGGAGAACUACAGUGUGCUGCUCAACUUUUACUUGGGAGCUUACAACGCGUUCCAGGAGACACUUCUACUGCUUUCGCUUCAUACCAACGAUAGAAGUGAUACUACAUUAAGACUUUAUGUGAUACUUAAUUUUAGUUCAUGGUCCUACCUUUUCCUCAACAUUUUGCCGUUUGAGUUUCUCAUUCCCACGUUGUACGCCAACAACAAGGAGCUCCACCUGUACUUGAACAUUAUCUUCUGGCUGUGGUACUGUUCGUGCAUUUGGAACUCCCCGAUUUUGAAGUUCCUCUACCACAAAAUAUAUCAUCUCCAUCCGUACGAUUGCGCCGGCGGGGAGUCUUCCGUUCGCUGCAUUUUACUGAACGACAACCAAAGAUUCAAACACUACCGCAAUCUCGAGCGUGCCUAUCUAGAGCUGAAGCUUUUCCAUGACAAAAGUAAACUAAGCGGGGCCAGACAUGGAGAAAGCGAAAAUGCUUCCGCGAAAGCUUUCCAAACUAUAAAAUGUGUCCUUGCACUGAAACGAAAGCUGAAACGGAUCCGUGAAAAUCGCGACCAUCUGUCAGCUGAUUGAUGGAUGAGCUGCACCUGAAACGAAUUUUGCUUGUACAAAGUGCACUUCCCCAUUCGCAAAGAAUGUGCACAAAUACGCAUAACCUCAAUGCAACUAUGCCGUGAAUAAGAUACAACGCACUUUUAUUUUAAAGACAUAAGAUAUGGAGGCUGAGUAAAUAAAUGAGUUAAAAAUUU